AUGGCCAAUUGUCAAUUUGCGGUGUUCAACAUCAAAAUUCAUCAAGCAUCGCGUGGCUACCGCUGGAGUGCAUACAUGAUGCGUGCCGAUGCUGUCAUCCUCAUCAAUGAUGAUCAGCUGGCGAUCCGAUGCAGUGGUACCGUUGACGUCGACCCAGUGUGCACCGUGGUGGGGCCUUGCCGAGUCUGCGAACCGCCGGCUGCCAUCCUUAACAAAUAUGGUCACGAAGAGCUCUUCAGCUGCCGUCUGGGCAAGGCAUCGGCAGAAAUGUCUGAAGCUGCUUCAUCAGUAACUGUUCAGUGGAAGAGAAUGUAG